UUUUUCUGAAUUUCUCCGGCGCGGUUGAUUUUCUCGGUGUCUCUAUGCCCGUCUAUCGAUAAUGUAUCAAUAUCCCCCUCAACCACCCCAUGGGUGGUCUACCUACGACUACGCAACUACUUCACCUCCGCAAUACCCCUAUUACCCUUCGAACUACGCCUCGCCGCACGUCUCUCCUCGUACCAAACGACACUCUCAUCGGGCUAGUUAUUCUGCUGCGAAGGAACCGUCAAGUGGUUGGCAUUCGAUGCCACCUGGGUAUGGGAGUUACUAUGAUUCAGUACACGGUUAUUCCUCGCCUCCGCGAAAGCACGAAAAUAUUCCGGUCUAUGAUGAAGCAGACUCUCCCAAACGCUCUCGUGCUCGUCGCGCCUCUACCUCCGCCCGCACUCCGCAAAAACCCAAACCCUCCACUGCCGCAGGUGCAUCGAAACACGCCAAAGCUACUGAAGCAGACGCCAUCCGUAUGGGUAUUCCUGAAGGCUAUUCGAUAAAGAACUGGGAUCCCAACGAAGAACCUAUCCUCCUGCUCGGCAGCGUUUUCGAUGCCAAUUCCCUCGGCAAGUGGAUCUACGACUGGACAGUGUUCCACCACGGAGCCUCUGCGCCAAUGGCCGAUGUCGCGGGCGAUUUGUGGCUUCUCCUCAUCAAGUUGGCUGGCAAAGUAAAACGAGCGCAGGAAUGUGGGCCGCGCAUUCGCAAUACGGAAGCGCGGGAGAUGGUGGAGGACUUUUUGGAAAGCGGCGAGCGGCUCUGGCAUCGGUUCGAGAAGCUUCUGAAGGCGUGUGAACAUUUCAUGUGGAAGGCUGCGAAGCGGGAGAGCGGCAAGGGUGGGCCUGUCAUGAUGGGCCGGAACGCGGGUUGCGAGUUUGUCGAUUCGAUCUUUGGUCGUGAUCGCGAGUUGGAGAAUACGGAGAAGUUGAUGAACAGUAUUCGGCUGUGGGAUAUGCGUUUCGACGCUAACUGUGACGAGAUUUUGCGUCGUCCGACCGCGUUUUAAGAUCACAGAUCCUUUUUUUGGAAAUUUUUUCGACAUUUUUUACAGUGUUCUAUCUGCGUGUUAUAGAAAAUUGGAAGUGGAUAAGUAUGUGUCAGGAGUCGGGAUGAGUUGAAACGGAGUCGCUGGUGGAAUUUUGAAGGAAUGGGCAGGUUUAUCAAACGAUCAAAUCGACACGGGAAACCAGCUGCCCCUCCGGCAUCAGUUUCCAGGGGUAAAUGGAAGAGAAGUUGCAUACGACACGUUUUAAAAAACAAGUUCCUUCCCUUACCGCCCUCCUGCGUUCCACCAACCUCCAUACCGAGUAUCAUUUCUGUUCCUUUUUUUAUUUCCCCUCACCACUCGCCCCCCUCCUCGUCCACUCUUAUCGUAUCCUUCAAUGCCUCGCCGGCAAAACAAACCUUCAUUAUAUUCCUCCCCUCCCCGCGAAAAUCACAAUUAUUGUCCGUACGCGAACCCGCCAGGGUGUCUCGCUUCAAGCUAUUGCCUUUCCAUCGCUCCGGCGCCAGGGAUCUUCACCGCGCCGCAUCGCAUUGCGUGUUGUACCUUUCAGCCCGUUUUUACUUCCCAUUUUCGGUUAUGAGCCUAAUUUUGUUUUUGUUCUGAGUGCUAGUUAGUGGCGGGGACAACAUCCCCUUUUUCGACGGCAUCAUCUGCCGUCAUCGUUCCGUUUCAGCCCCCAGCUCAACAGUUUUACUUUAUUUUCCUACCCACUCGCUAUUCAAUCCUUCAUUUCUUAGGAACCUUAUCCUCGGCUAACUGGGUUGGGACUGGGGCCGGUUAUCUGUCCUUGUGUGUUUGUGCUGUGCUGUGCUGUUGGCUGUCUCAUAUAUCUUCAAGUAAAGUGUCUUUUGUAUGUGGAUUGGGCUUUUGUCAUUUAUUUGACUCAUUCUUUCAGCUCUUUGCUUUUUCGCUGUUAAAAGAGUUCGUCCAUGUUUCGUUUCUUUCAUUCUUGCUGCUGUUCCAUUUCCUUUGAUGAUACCACUCCUGUUUUGGUUCCUCUCCUUUUUCUAUUUAAUUAUUUUUUGACGUUAUUUACAAUUUAUUUUGUGUCUAUUCUUUUAUUUUUACAUACAUGUUUUUUAGCCUGGCUUGUCUGUCUCUCUCUACGUGUCCGCCUGUGCUCGAUCUACAUAUACCUUACAUACAUAUACAUACAUACACACAUAUAUACAUUCAUACAUACACCACUUUUACACA